AUGAAUAUUUUUCACCAAGUUUUUAAUCAUGAAUAUAGCCAUUUCUGUGUCCGCAUGCUUUGUUCAACAAUUGAAAGAGGAUAUCAAGUUAUCCGAACAGAAAAUUCUGAAGAAUUUAUUUUGGAAAAUAAUAAUGGAGUUUUUAUUACAACACCGGAUAAUUGCAAUUUAGAUUUUCCAAUUAAUUUUUUUAUUACCCAUGUAGUCAAUUAUGACUUGAAUGGUCAACACUGUUUUGCUAAUGGUGGAGUUGUUGAGAAGAACAAUUAUACUAAUUGGCCUCAAAUGAGUAUGCAUAUUAAGAAAUUUGAAAAUAGAGAUUAUGCGGAAGGAACCAUUGAGAUUGUGUAUUUCACUAAACAUUCUCUCAAACCUGGAAAAAACUAA